UUUGACGUUUAGUUAUUUUCCGAACUUUGGUUAUUUUUCAAAGUUUGUAAGUUUUAAUUAAGUUUUCGUGUGUUGUGUGUGAAUAAGUGAUUUUCGCGAUAAUGUCUCCUCCCGCAGAGUUGAGCUUUGAGGAAAUAUUAAAGUUCAUGGUGGCCCACAAUGGCAAAGUGACAAAUCAUGAGUUAGUGAAACAUUUCAAAGUGUUUUUGAUGAAUCCUGAUAUGCGAGAUGAGGCGCGCAGCACUUUCAAGAAGCAUGUAAAUACACUUGCGAUUAUCAAAAACCAGAAUAAUGAGAAAUGGUUGAUUCUAAAAAAGAAAUAUAUGGUUAACAGUGGGAAAGAAAAUGAUGAACAGACGGCGGAGACUAAAAGUGAAGUUUCUACAGUUUCUGAGAGUAGUGAAGCUAGUACCGAGCCUCCAGUCCAACCUCCUUACAGACCACCUCCUCCUUUGCAGUUGAACCAAGACUUUAACAUUCUCAAUAAUAUUAUACAAGACUCCAAUCCCAUAACAUCACCAAUAACUCCUGUAGAAUUAACACAGAGUAUAAGCAAAGAAAGUUUAAAUACUGAAGAUGUACCCCCUAAAGUUCACCCUCGGAGGCGGUCAUCAGAAAAAAGUGUCCUAAGCAUACCGAGUUACAAUUUAAAUCCGCGGUCGUCUAUACCCAAUAGUACGACUGAGUUGAAUGAGACUCCGCUUGCAACAUCUCGCAGUGAAAGCAUGCUUGUGGAAAGUGAACAGAAAAUAUCUGUUAAGGAACGCAAACAGAUGUUCAACCGGAUGGCUUCGGAGAGUGACGUGUUGAAAUCACAGAAACUCAGCUUCAACUCCUCGAGUGUGGACGAGGACGACCGAGCAUCUCUGGAGCAUAAGGAGAAUGACCCGUUGGAUCCGAAACAGAAGCAGUGGAUACUGUGCGCUGCGCGCGGGGAGUACCACACCCUCGCCAAGAUGUGCAAGGAGAACGCCAAGCUGGUCAGGACCAAGGAUCCUUUCACGGGUUAUACGGCGAUGCACUGGGCGUGCAAGCGAGGCGAUGAAAACCUGGUCAAACUUCUAGCCGGCAUCCACCGUCACAUCGUCAACGAACGAUCGAACGGGGGCUACACGCCGCUGCAUAUAGCAAUGCAGUUCCGACAUGAGAACGUUUACAGACUACUGGUCGAAGUGUACGACGCGGAUCCAAACGUGAGAGACUGGUCCGGGAAGAAACCACGCCAGUACUUGGUGCAUAUGGACACGUCUCUUUCCCCGGGCUCGUACCGCAUGCCAGUAACCAAAAACUUACACCGUUCCUCCACAUUACCCGGCAGUCGGAACUCGCCUCACUUAGCUCAUCUCCAAGUUACUGGGCAUGAAAAAGAGGGGUUUCUUCGCAUCGGUUCGCUGAACGUCCGCGUGAAGAAGACGACCGAAGCGUUCAGCAACUUCCUCGGAGUGGGUGCGACCAGAGCCUCCGCCUACGUGCCCAAGUCGGCCCGUGACAGAGAACUGGACCGCAGAUCGGACGACAGCGACCAGUUGAAGUCCUGGGGCUCUGCUGACAAUAUCCAGAAAGGUGAAAAGUUAAUGCCGCCCCCUAGCAGCAAAGCGCGCCGUCGCGGGCCCAACGCUCGCCGGGCAAACCCCUCGCACAGCCGCAGCACCCCGUCCACCCCUGAUCAGCCUCGAGCGCAAAUCGGCGUAAACCCCCCCGACUCGGACUCCGACUCGGCCGCCGGCUUCCACUCUGCGUGGAGACAGCAAAGAGCCUCGCAGAGUUAACUUUCAACAGACGAACUGAUGUCACGCGGAAAAACCUCUUAUUUGCAUUGAUGUAUAUAGAUUAGCCCUCCUAAAUGAAUACCCGCACUCAUAUAGAUAAGUAUAGUCUGGCAAUCCUAGCCGUUUGCAACGCGGGACAGUAGCAAUCCAGUAAUAGUGAUACAAUCACAUAGUAUCGAUUCAACAUCGCUUCUGCAUCGAUGCCAACGUGUAGUGAUUUAGCAACUUUUCUUUAUUAUAUGGAACUCUGGUCUACCUGUAUACAUCAAUGCUGAUUAAGCAUUUUACAAGGUCACAAUUUUAUUAUUAUUACUUGAGGAGAGAGACAUUAAGUAUAUAAGAUUUUAUUGCUUUGUUCUAGUUACCUAUCUACAUAAUUAUCACAAUUUUAUUUGUUUUUCAAAGGAAAAUGAAACAUUUUAGAUGUUAUGAUCAGAAACUAACUGUACUAUAAAAGGUGGACAUAUUUAGCUGUUUUAAAUGUCAUUUUAAUAAUAUAUCACUUUACAAUACGAAUUAAUGUUCAUGAAUUGCCUAAGGAUAUAUUUUAUAUCGCAGUAUUACUCAGAAAAUAACAGAUCAGGAGUCAAUUUUAUAAUAGAAGUUAAUUAGCAAUAAGCGUUAUUUAAAAGAAGAUAAAAAUUCAAGUAUAUUAUUGUAAUUUUACUACAGUAAUUGUGUAUGGAAUGCGUAGGAAUAUUUUUAU